AUGCGAGAAGAUUUUCCAGAAAAGGCGCGAGAAAGGGACCGACGGAAAGCGCGAUACUGCAUUAGAGAAAGGGUAGCUGCAGGCAGUGUCAAGAUCAGCAGCGAAACUACCACUAUAUGUAAUACUGACCCAACUACAUGUAGUACCUCACCCAAGACAUCAGAUCAAGAUGACGAGGUUUUAUUGGCUUCCAUCUUUCACAAUAUAAACCUUGGCAAAUCAGCCUACUUUUCGCUGUCAAGAAUCAUGUCCCAAAUGAAUGUUUUCUCAAGCCUUCUUUCGACCCAAGAAAUUCUGUCCAGAGGAUACUUCAAACAAGAGCAAGUUAAUUCCAGAAUGGGGCAGAAACAUCUCCAACGGAUCACUGCCUACUUGAACCAAAUGGUCACAAUAUCCUUGAUGGAGUACACCAUUUUGGUGGGACGAUAUCACAUUACAGCCUGUCUAUUGGUGGCAGCCAUGAGUCCUUGUCAAAGAGGGAUUCUCAAAGAUGAUGAAAGACCAAUCUGCAACAACCAAGAGGAUAACCACCAUUCAAUGCAUGCAAAACUGCAAACAGUCUCGGACCAAAUUUCCAGGCGAUUCUUCAAUGCUUUCCCAUUAUCCCUCAGUGGGUACAUUGUCACGAGAGCGGUCCAAAUGAGAAUGCAAUCAGUUCUACAAAGGACAGAGAAGAGAGAAGAGCAGGUCAGCGAUACAUUUGAUUGCCCAAUCUGCAACAUCCAAAACAUACCCUCCCGAUAUCAAUUGGUCUAUACGCAUGAUAAGAAUGAGAAUGAUACAACAACAACAAGCUGCUGUCAUUGCAAUUUCUGUGAAGUCUGUUUCUGGACAGAUAUUCUACAGCACGUGGACGAGAGACAAGGCAACGUGGUCAUUUGUCCAUGUUGUGGGGCUGAUGAUCAUGAUACAGACCAAGCCACCGAUAUGGACGCACAAUCAACAGCACUAUUGUCACCCAAGCAGAGAGGUCAACGAUCCAAAGAACGGUUCCUGGACCUACCAAUUGAUUCGAUAGCCUUGAAGAAGUCGGGCAGAAAGAAGAAGAAGACUACUGAAUUAGAGUCAUUGUCAUCAUCUUGGGCCAAAGCGGUGAUCCCGUCCUUGGGAUUGUGCCAGUCGGUGCGCACCGACAAAUUUUUCACAUACACCGACAAGAAUGCUAUUCAUUUUGUGCGCGGAUUGCUCGAGGCAGGAGUCAAUGUCGAUGCUACCAACGAAUAUGGACAACCCCCACUCUACAUGGCUGCGUGGUGUGGGUUUGCCGAUAUGGUGGAGUUGCUUUUGCAGUACGGAGCUGAUCCAUGGAUUCAAGCCAAUGGCAUGAUGACAUUGGAGGGCGUUUGUCGUGCUCAUGGACAGGACAAUUGCCUCGACAUUAUCAAGAAGUACCGGAGGGACUAUUGGGAAUCGACACCAGCGGACCUCGAAAAGUAUGCCAAUGGAUCAGUAGAACACAACAAUGCUCACACUCAAAUGUCAAUGACGAAAAUCAAAACUUGUGCAGUGGAGCCAAUGUUAAGAGUUUUGAUUGAUGAGACAGUCAAUCAUCCUGGUGCUGGUUCCUACUUGAUCUCAGAUUGGAUUGAAGACGUGGAACCGAUCUUGGAGCUUUGGAGAACAAUUCCAGUGGACACAUCAUCGAAAAAGAAGAACGAAAAGAAACUGGAAACUUGUUCCGAACGGUCCUACUUUUGCGACUCGGAGGGAUGGCUGAGGUCAACGCUGCAGCGAUGCAUCAAGCAAGCAUUCCAGAAACACAGCAAUAGGGCUUUGCAAGAAGACGCAGUGGUGCUCUCGCAUAUGCGUUUCCUACACUACAAACAUCGAGGCUCUUCGUUGGCGCCUCACGUUGACCUGUGUAGGGUGGAGCCAAGAUCCGGACAAAGGAGCACGCACUCCUUUUUGUUUUACUUGACAACUUGCGAAACAGGCGGGGAAACUGUCCUGUUGGGGGAUGUCAGGGGCGAGGGGCGCGAUGUCGUCAUGGCUAGUGUCAAGCCAACCCUGGGGCACUUGCUCCUGUUUCCGCAUGCCUGUCCCCAUGAAGGCAACGUAGUGGAUUGCGUGCCUAAGCUGCUCAUUCGAGGGGAAGUAAUAUUGACCGUGGCAAAUGGACAAUCAUUAGAUCAGUAG